GAAAAAGCCGUUGCUCGUCUGAGCCGUUUUAGCCCCUCGAGUUAUAAAAAUAAAAACACGUUAUUGUGUCUGGCUCUGAGGAUUUAAAACCCUGAGCUGUGUGAGGACAUGAAAACGGAGACAUCCAUGGAUGGAGAGACCUCAGAAGCCUGUGUGAAGAAAGAGGAGACGCUGGAGCUGAGCAUCUACAACUAUGGAGACGAUCUCGACAACCCACCUGAAGGCCUUUCUGUUAAAGUGGAAGAUCCUGAUGAUAAAGACUAUCUCUACUGUGAAGUUUGCAAAUCCUUCUUCCUCAACAAAUGCGAGGUUCAUGGGCCACCCCUCUUCAUCCCCGAUACUCCUGUUCCCAUGGGAGUCCCUGACCGAGCCAGACAAACACUUCCUCCUGGGCUAGAAAUCCAGAAGUCCAGUAUUCCUGAUGCAGGCCUGGGAGUGUUUAAUAAGGGGGAGACUGUUCCAGUAGGUGCACACUUCGGCCCCUGCCAGGGAGAGCUGGUGAACCGAGAGGAAGCCAAGAACAGUGGAGACUCCUCGGUUGUAUACAGGAGCAUGCAGUGUGAAGAAUGCAUCGAUGCCAAAAGAGAGACGCAUGUGAAUUGGAUGAGGUAUGUGAAUUGUGCCCGUAAUGAAGAAGAACAGAAUCUUGUGGCAUUUGAGUAUCAAGGGGGAAUUCUGUAUCGUUGCUGUCGAUCCAUUAGCCCAGGACAGGAGCUCUUGGUGUGGUAUGAAGAGGAGCACACCAAAGAACUCAGUCCUGCACCUACAGGAACAACCAGACAGCAAGAAGUAAAGAACACUCUGCUGCAAGUCUUUUCAUGCUCCACAUGCCCUCGUUCCGAUGCAUCUCCAAUUUACCUCGACAAGCAUAUCCAGAGAUGCCACUAUGAAGAGUACGUGAGACUGCGAGAAUCAGGAGAGAUUAAAUAUAAGCUUCAGAUCCCCUCCAAAUGCUGCAGUCGUCAACCAACAUCAACUGAUAUUGUCCAUUCUGAUACUUCCCAUAAUGAUAUACAGAAGGAAAUUCACCACUGCUCAGAUUGUGGAAAGAGUUUUAGUUAUCAGAAUGCACUCAAGACACACCAGCGCAUUCACACAGGGGAAAAGCGGUAUCACUGCUCACAGUGUGGGAAGAGUUUUACUCGUCAGAGUGAUCUCCGACGACACCAGCGCAUUCACACAGGAGAGAAGCCGUUUCACUGCUCACAGUGUGGGAAGAGUUUUACUGAACGGGGUGAUCUCCGACGACACCAGCGCAUUCACACAGGAGAGAAGCCGUUUCACUGCUCACAGUGUGGGAAGAGUUUUACUCGUCAGAGUACUCUCCAAACACACCAGCACAUUCACACAGGAGAGAAGCCGCAUCACUGCUCACAGUGUGGGAAGAGUUUUAGUCAUCAGACUGCUCUCCAACGACACCAGCACAUUCACACAGGAGAGAAUCCGUAUCACUGCUCACAGUGUGGGAAGAGUUUUACUCAUCAGCGUAAUCUCCGACUACACCAGCGCAUUCACACAGGAGAGAAGCCGUAUCACUGCUCACAGUGUGGGAAGAGUUUUAAUCAGCGGCGUGAUCUCCAAACACACCAGCGCAUUCACACAGGAGAGAAGCCGUAUCACUGCUCACUGUGUGGGAAGAGUUUUAAUCAGCGGAGUAAUCUCCAAACACACCAGCGCAUUCACACAGGAGAGAAGCCGUAUCACUGCUCACAGUGUGGGAAGAGUUUUACUCGUCAGAGUGAUCUCCAACGACACCAGCGCAUUCACACAGGAGAGAAGCUGUAUCACUGCUCUCUGUGUGGGAAGAGUUUUACUCAGCAGUGUGAUCUCCAAACACACCAGCGCAUUCACACAGGAGAGAAGCCGUAUCACUGCUCACUGUGUGGGAAGAGUUUUACUCAGCAGAGUCAUCUCCAACAACACCAGCGCAUUCACACAGGAGAGAAGCCGUAUCACUGCACACAGUGUGGGAAGAGUUUUACUCAGCAGAGUGAUCUCCAAACACACCAGCGCAUUCACACAGGAGAGAAGCCGUAUCACUGCUCACAGUGUGGGAAGAGUUUUACUCAUCAGGGUAAUUUCCAACAACACCAGCGCAUUCACACAGGAGAGAAGCCGUAUCUCUGCUCACAGUGUGGGAAGAGUUUUAAUCAGCGGAGUGAUCUCCAAACACACCAGCGCAUUCACACAGGAGAGAAGCCGUGUCAGUGCUCACAGUGUGGGAAGAGUUUUACUCAUCAGAGUACUCUCCGACGACACCAGCGCAUUCACACAGGAGAGAAGCCGUAUCAGUGCUCACAGUGUGGAAAGAGUUUUACUCAUCAGACUGCUCUCCGACGACACCAGCGCAUUCACACAGGAUAGAAGCCGUAUCACUGCUCACAGUGUGGGAAGAUGUUUGCUUGUUUAGUUACAUUUAAGACCUUCAAGUGCACUAACUCAGACAUUGCAUGAUUUAAAGUUGUCAAAUUAAAUAUGGUUGUUACAGUUUUGGCUGAAAAUGACCUGUACUUUGAACUUUAUUGUUCAUGUUACACUGGUCACCAAUUUUUCAGAAGUUGUCUGCUUCAGAGAUGAAAUUGGCUAUUAUGAAAUUUGGUGUGUCGAAUUAGAAGUGACAGUUAAUCAGCUGAUUAGCUAUGGCUUCCAAGCUAUUUUAAAUUUUAUACUUACAGUUAGGUCCAUAUAUAUUUGGACGCUGACACAAUUUUUUUUUUUUUUUACCUGUUUACUGAAACAUUUUCAAGUUAUAGUUAUAUAAUGGACAUGAAGUCCAGACUUUCAGCUUUCAUUUGAGGGUAUCCACAUUAAAAUUGGAUGAAGUGUUUAGAAGUUUCAGCUCCUUAACAUGUGCCACCCUGUUUUUAAAGGGACCAAAAGUAAUUGGACAAUUGGCUCAAAGGCUAUUUCAUGGGCAGGUGUGGGCAAUUCCUUUAUGUCAUUCUCAAUUAAGCAGAUAAAAGGCCUGGAGUUGAUUUGAGGUGUGGUGCUUGCAUUUGGAAGAUUUUGCUGUGAAGAAAACAUGCGGUCAAAGGAGCUCUCCAUGCAGGUGAAACAAGCCAUCCUUAAGCUGCGAAAACAGAAAAAACCUAUCCGAGAAAUUGCUACAAUAUUAGGAGUGGCAAAAUCUACAGUUUGGUACAUCCUGAGAAAGAAAGAAAGCACUGGUGAACUCAUCAGUGCAAAAAGACCUGGAUGCCCACAGAAGACAACAGUAGUGGAUGAUCGCAGAAUAAUUUCCAUGGUGAAGAGAAACCCCUUCACAACAGCCAACCAAGUGAACAACACUCUCCAGGAGGUACUAGUGUUCACUAGUGUGGGUCACUAGUGUUUAUUGAUGAUGUGAGACAGGACAGAACCAGCCGGAUGAAUUCUGAGGUAUUCAGAGACGUACUGUGUGCUCAAAUGCAGCCAAACUGAUUGGUCGGCGUUUCAUAAUACAGAUGGACAAUGACCCAAAACAUAAAGCCAAAGCAACCCAGGAGUUUAUUAAAGCAAAGACGUGGAAUAUUCUUGAAUGGCCAAGUCAGUCACCUGAUCUCAACCCAAUUGAGCAUGCAUUUCACUUGUUAAAGACUAAACUUCAGACAGAAAGGCCCACAAACAAACCGCUGCAGUAAAGGCCUGGCAGAGCAUUAAAAAGGAGGAAACGCAGCGUCUGGUGAUGUCCAUGAGUUCAAGACUUCAGGCAGUCAUUGCCAACAAAGGGUUUCAACCAAGUAUUAGAAAUGAACAUUUUACUUAAUUUGUCCAAUUACUUUUGAGCCCCUGAAAUGAAGGGAUUGUGUUUAAAAAAUGCUUUAGUUCCUCACAUUUUUAUGCAAUCAUUUUGUUCAACCCACUGAAUUAAAGCUGAAAGUCUGAACUUCGACUGCAUCUGAAUUGUUUUGUUCAAAAUUCAUUGUGGUAAUGUACAGAAUCAAAAUUAGAAAAAUGUCUCUGUUCAAAUAUUUAUGGACCUAACUGUAUGUACAUUGUGUAGAUCGUAAUGUUUUAAGUAUAAAUUGUAAAACUAGGUCUCUUCAUGUGUUUAUGGUCGGUUUACAUGAUAUUUCACCUGUUCUCUUUAUGUAACACUAGGAAAUCAGCAAAAAGUUUAUAUAAAUAAAAUGUAUUAUGAACCAAAUUGCAAAAACCAAUUAUG